CACAAACGCUCUUACACAGCUUACUACAUUUCACAGGAGGAAGACAACAGUAAACAAUAUUUUAUUGCAAAGAAAUUGAGCUGAAACUAUAUUUUAAUUGAAAUUUUAUCAUGUCUGGUCGUGGUGGUAAAGCAGCAAAGAGAGCAAGAAGUACGCGUUCGCAGAAAGCGGGAUUGAUUUUCCCUGUAAGCCGUGUACAUAGAUUUUUGCGAAAAACCACACAUCAUUAUCGCAUUGCUUCUGGGGCGCCCGUUUAUCAAGCAGCCGUUAUGGAAUAUUUGACAGCGGAGAUCUUAGAGUUAGCAGGUAAUGCAGCACGAGAUAACAAACGAUCAAGAAUUAUUCCAAGGCAUAUUCUUCUUGCAAUUGCCAACGAUGAUGAAUUGCAUAAGCUUUUGAGAGGUGUGACUAUUGCACAAGGUGGUGUUUUGCCUAAAAUUCAUCCAGAACUAUUAAAAAAACGUAAGGGUGGAAAACUGUUUUCACCUGAAGAACUAAAGCGCAUGAAAGAGGGCAAGAAAGUUUCCCCAAAGAAAGUUUCACCAAAGAAAAAAGUCACAACUUCAAAAAAAGAUGCACCAACACCAAAAAAAGGAAAUAAAGGAAAGGAUGGCAACGAGGAUGGUAAUAAACUUGGUCCAGGCUUCACAAUGCUAUCUGAAAAAACAUUAUUCCUUGGGCAAUCACUCUGUGUUGUUCAAGGGAAUAUUGUUGAAAUAGAUGUUGAUGCUAUUGUCAAUCCAACAAGUUCCAAAUUUAAUCUCUCUGGGGAAGUUGGGAAUGCAUUGAAGAAGGCAGGUGGAAAAUCCUUUGAAGAAGAAGUCGAAACUUUAGCUAAAGAUAAAAGUCCCUUGGAAAUUGCAGGAGUGGCUGCUUGUCAAGGACAUGGUUUUCCAGCUAAGUUUGUAAUUCAUGUGAAUGCCCCGGUACACUCACAGAAAGAUGCUGUUGAGAAAGUUGAAGAAGCAGUGAAAAAUAUCCUCACUUUAGCAGAUGAGAAGAACUUAAAGAGCAUUGCUUUACCUUCUAUUGGCAGUGGAGCAAAAGCUGAGGUAAAGGCACAAAUUGUGCAAGCUGUUUUGAAGACCAUCUCAGAUUAUUUUGUCACUGUAAUGGCAUCAUCAUUGAAGCAGAUCACAUUUGUUAUGACAAAAAUGGAUGAUUUGGGGGUUUACUCCACUGAAAUGGCCAAACUGGAUGCUUAGAUUGCAUUUAUUUUACUAUUUUAUCUUUUUAGUAUUUGGUAGGACUUUAACAUAUCAAGUUUGUUCCUUACAUUAAGGUUUUGCCAGAUGAGCAUACUUUUGAUAAAUCUGACAGGAAAAUAGCCAAAUAUAUUUUGGUAUAUAUAUAGACAAUGCCUACUUUAAGCCAAUGUAUAAAAUAUAUUCCUGUUUAGUGAGAUUCCCCAUUGUAUUAGAUGAUUUGUUGCAACAAAAAGCCUUGUAGGUUGCAUGAGUUAAAAAUGUCAAUCAUGCUAUAUUUCAACCAA